UACCUUUGGCUCUGUCUGUCCACUUAUCAUUAUGAAUUUUCACUGGAGUUAUCCCAUCCUGUCUUGAACACAUGCAGAUAAUAAGUUAAACUCAUCCCAAAAUUGGAGUGCUGCAUAUUUUCAAGACUGAAGAGGCUCGCUCUGUCAAAACACUGGAGUUGACUAUGUCAAAGAUUAGUAUGUUGUUGAUCUGUUUGUUCAUUUUUCAUCUGUUGUCUGCGGCUAGUGUUAGAGGGCGAAAGAUAGGGAUAUAUGAGAUCAAGAAAGGGGAUUUCUCUGUUAAAGUCACUAAUUAUGGUGCCAGAAUCAUCUCCAUUUUCCUUCCUGAUAAGCAUGGCAGAAUAGAUGAUGUUGCUCUGGGAUAUGAUACGGUCGAAGAAUACGAGAAUGAUACAACUUCUUUCGGAGCCCUACUAGGAAGGGUUGCUAACCGGAUUGGCGGUGCUCAAUUUACUUUGAAUGGAACCCUUUAUAAGCUUAUUGCCAAUGAUGGCGCAAACACGCUGCACGGUGGCCCUGAAGGAUUUAGCCGUGUUGUUUGGAAUGUUAGCAAGUAUGAGCAAGAUGGUCCCUAUCCUCACAUUACUUUAACCUACCACAGUGCUGAAGGUGAAGAAGGAUUUCCUGGUGAUGUUCUUGCCUCUGUUACCUAUGCAUUGGAAGAUCCUUACAAGCUUAGUGUGGUAAUGAAGGCAAAAGCACUAAACAAGGCCACUCCAGUUAACUUGGCUCAACACACUUAUUGGAACCUUGGUGGACACAACAGUGGAGAUAUCUUGUCCAACGUUGUUCAAAUCUUUGUGUCACACAUCACUCCAGUAGACGAACAUCUCAUUCCUACAGGUGAAAUUUCUCCUGUCAAGAAUACGCCCUAUGAUUUCCUUAAACCCCGUGAAGUAGGGAGCCAGAUCAACGAACUCCAAAGUGGAUAUGACAUCAACUAUGCACUCGACAGCAGUGCAGAAAUGAAGCCCGUGGCAAUAGUUCAUGACAAAAAUUCAGGAAGAGUGAUGGAUUUACAAGCGUCUGCACCUGGUGUGCAAUUCUACACUGCAAACUCCCUUAUUCAAAAGGGGAAAGGUGGAUAUGUGUAUCAGCCUCAUGCAGCAUUGUGCUUAGAGACUCAAGGGUUCCCUGAUGCUGUGAAUCACCCAAAUUUCCCUUCAACAAUUGUGACUCCAGGAAAGGCCUACACUCACAAAAUGCUGUACACGUUCUCAAUCAUGAAAUACUGGAAUUCUUGUUAAUUUUUUCCACCAUCGCUUAUGUCCUUUGUAUCUUCUGCAUAGAUUGAUAUUUCUGUCAAGGUUAUAUGUUCUUUAUAACAAACGAAACACCUGACAUGAGACUCAAUACAGUUCUGUUUUGAUGGAGUUUUCAAAGAACAGUUUUAGACA